CAAUUUUAUAUACAUACAUUUUUUCAUUUUUAUAUCAGCUUUUCAUGAUGCCCAAAAUCUUCAGCUUUGCCUCGAUUAACAUCGACGAGGUAUACAGCGUGCCGCACAUUGUGCGCCCGGGCGAAACCCUGACCUCAACUAAGCGGCAGCAGCACGCCGGGGGUAAAGGCACCAACGCAAGCAUCGCAGCAGCGCGCUCCGGCCACAGCCACGUCACAGUCAUAGGCAAAAUUGGGCCCGACGGGCUCUGGAUCCGCACCCUCAUUGAAUCCACAGGCGCCAACAUUGACCACAUAACCGUGCUUGAGAAAGCCCCCACAGGACGCGCCAUUAUCCAAGUCGACGACGCCGGCGAAAACGCCAUUUUCUUGUUCCCAGGUGCCAACCACAUGCUCACCCAGGACGAUGCGCGGAAGGCUCUGGCUGUGAACUCCUCAGAGGGGGAUUGGCUGCUGUUGACCAAUGAAACUACCGCGGUGGUCGAGGCUAUGCGGAUGGCGAAGGAUGCUGGGAUGCAGGUUUUGUGGAAUCCAGCGCCUGUGGAUUCGCGUGUGGUGGCCAAUGGUUUGGUUGAUGUACUGGUUGUUAAUGAGUCGGAGCUUGCAGAAAUUGCGCGCCAGCAGAAAGGGAAGGAGGCGGAUGGUGGUGGGUUUGGUGAUUGUGCAAAGCUGGCGCGGCAGGUCAUGCUUUGGAUGGACUGCCAUGUCAUUGCCGUUACGCUGGGGAGCAAGGGUAGUCUUGGCAGCAGCAGUGACGAUGAUAUUGUUGAGGUUCGCAUGGCAUGUGCACCGGUUGGAAAGGACCAGGUCAAGGACACAACGGGGGCAGGCGACACAUGGGUCGGGUACUUUGCCGCUGAGCUGGCACGCAAACAGGGCGACUCCCCCGAAAGCAUCGGGUCGGCGGUGACAUCGCUGACUCCAUCCAUGGUUGAGCACGCCAUGCGCGUGGCCACCUAUGCAAGCGGCCUCGCUGUUACGCAAAUGGGCGCCGUGACGUCCAUUCCGCACCGAGCUCAAGUCGACGAGUUUCUCAAGACAAAAAAAGCAAACCAAAACAAACCAAAAACAAAGUAA